AGAAGAGGCAUUAAUACAACUCAUUUCAUUUGAUAACAUUAUGGCUUCUAAUUUCAACAGAAGCAUGCUUAUUCUUUUUCUCAUUGUUCUUUUCGUCCAAGUUCGAUUCUUUGAGGCGAGACAACUAGCCUCGAGCAAGGGAAAACUGAAUGCUCUUCUUCCUAAGGUCCUUGGAACUCCUCGUCGCGUGAAUGAUCGCGCAAUUGCUAAAGAUGGAAGGCUCAUUACUGGCCCACACAUUGCACGUGCCUUGUUUGAUAGAAAUCUUCAAGAGUCUGUUCCUAGUCCUGGGGGAGGACAUUAGUCGCUUUCGGGAGACUGAAAGUUCUGAAUUGCAUGAUAUAUAGUCUACCAUAUGUGUUGCGUUUGUGUUAUUUCAUCUAGUAGUUACUGUAGAAAAAUAUUAAGAGUAGACAUGGUCUCCUGAUAUUAUGUUGUAUUGCAUUUUUUUUUUUUGAACAGCUAUGUUGUAUUGCAUUUGCACAUCUAGUUUCAUGCAAACAUCUAUUUAUAACCAAUAAAAACAUCCUACUCAUCUGUUACCUUACCAACAAGAUUGAUUCUCCUUCCCUUAUAUUCGCUUAAUAAAAUGCCUUUACUUUU